AUGACGACUUCCGAACAGCCUACUGCUGUUUCAGCACCAGGGAAAGUACUUUUAGCAGGAGGAUAUCUCGUAUUAAAUAGGAAAUAUAAUGGAAUAGUUAUUGGAACAAGUGCAAGAUUUUACACGAUAAUUUAUUCGGGGAAAAAUGGUUUUGGAGAAAUCACUGUUCAUUCGCCACAAUUUAAUGACGGAGAAUGGAAUUAUCGAGUGACUGAAAGUUUAGGCGAUAGUUUUUCUUGUGAACUUGAACCUAUUAACCCAGAAAAGCGUAAUUCGUUCGUUGAAAUUGCCAUAAAGUAUUCUUUAUCAAUUAUUUUAUAUAGAAUAAAUAAACACAAAUUUCAAGCAAUAUUUGCUAAAGGAUUAGAUAUUUAUAUUAUUGGUAAUAAUGAUUUUUAUUCGCAACGCGAACAGCUAAAGAAAAGGAAUUUACCACUUACAUCCUCAUCAUUAAAGUCUCUUGAACCAUUUUGUAAAGUUCAUUGCAAUGUAAACGAAGUUCAUAAAACUGGAUUAGGGUCAUCAGCAGCAUUGAUUACAUCACUUGUGGCGGCGCUUUUUGUUCAUUUUGAAGUAACAUCAAAUCAAAUAGAUGAUAGAAGAUUAAUUCAUAAUGUAGCACAAUUUUGCCAUUGUUUGGCACAAGGAAAAGUUGGUAGUGGAUUUGAUGUAUCUGCCGCUGUUUGGGGAAGUCAUAUAUAUAAAAGAUUUUCUCCAAGCGUUUUAGAAGAUGUUAUGAAUCAAAAGGUUAAUCUAUUAGCUCUUAAUAAUAUCGUUGAUCCAGCUUCAAAUAAAUGGGAUAAUCAGGCGACAAAUUUCUCCCUUCCACCUGAAUUUACAUUAUUAUUAGCAGAUAUAGAUGCAGGCUCGCAUACUCCAAGUAUGGUUGGAAGAGUAUUAAAAUGGCGUAAAGAAAAUGCUGAUCAGGCAAAUAUUUUAUGGGAUACACUUGCAUUCCAUAAUACAGCUAUUUCAAAUGAUUUAAAAGAAUUAAAUAAGAACUAUCAACAGAAUAAAGAGUUGUAUAAUAUAGCUAUUAAGGUUUGCGAAAAUGUGAAGGCUUCUGAGUGGAUUUUAUAUGGUUUACAAAAUCCGAACAAUACCAAUAUUGCUCUUUUUUCUUCCAUCUUCAUUACAUUUCAGAAAAUUCGAGGAUUAUUACGUGAAAUGUCUGAACUAUCGCAAGUACCUAUUGAACCACCUAAACAAACGAAAUUGCUUGAUGCUUGUAAUGAUAUUCCUGGUGUAAUCAUGGCCGGUGUUCCUGGAGCUGGAGGAUAUGAUGCAAUAUUUUGUAUCGGUAUAGGUGACGCUUUUAACACACGAAUAGAAAAACUUUGGAAUUCGUGGGAGGAAAUGAGUGUUGGACCUUUAUUAUCUAAAGAAUCAUCAAAGGGUUAUAUGAUCGAACAAAUCAGCGAAGUUUCUGGAUUGUCGAAAUAUUUAAACAGAGAAACGCUUCCUGUCAAAUUGUUUAAAAAUAAGUUAUAG